CAAAUUAUUUCAUUUCUUCUUUUCUUAUCAUCUGGAGAUGACAAGACGUAAGUUGCCCGACAGCAGUUGACUUUUUGCUCUUAAGAUAUCAAUGGAAAGCUAUACAAAGCUUUGUAUUAUUGGCACUGGUUCUUUCGGCACCGUCUGGCUUAUUCGCACGAAAGAAAAGCGCAGGGACUACGUUUUAAAAGAGAUUUCACUCUCGCUCUUUGAAGAACGAAAACGUGGCUUCAUUUUGAACGAAGUCAAAGUUCUUUCUCAGCUAAGACACAUGAACAUUAUUCGAUACAAAGAAGCGUUUUUAAGCAAUGGUUUUUUGUGCAUAUCUAUGGAAUAUGCAAACGGAGGUGAUUUGUCUGAUAGAAUUCAAAAGCAAAGAGGACAAUUGCUUCCAAAUGAGCAAAUCAUUGACUGGUUUAUCCAGUUGUGCCUGGCUUUGAAGUAUAUUCAUGGUCUUAACAUCCUCCACAGAGAUAUCAAAUGCCAAAACAUUUUCAUAACGAAGGAGAGUGUGAUAAAAAUCGGCGAUUUUGGUAUAGCCUGCGUUCUUCAAAACACGAUGGACCAUGCUUGUACAAUCAUCGGUACACCAUACUAUCUCUCGCCAGAAAUAUGCCAACGACAACCUUACAACCACAAGAGUGACAUGUGGGCAUUAGGUUGUGUUUUGUAUGAGAUGAUCACAUUGCGCCAUCCCUUUGAAUCUGCAGACUUCCCACAGUUGGUUUUCAAAAUACUUCACAGCGAAUACAACUCAAUAUCAGAGAAUCGUGGCCCACUCUUGCAAGAUUUGGUUUCAGUUCUCCUGCGUGUUGAACCAUCAGAAAGACCCUCUGCCAAACAGAUUCUCCACAUCCCAGCGAUGCAGUCGUACGUAAACAAAGUGUUGGCUCGAGGGAGAUCUCAGCGCUCAGAGAGCGUGAGCUGUGGUGAUGAACAGAGUUCUAGGAAAGCCAACGUGUGGAGAAAACCCGUCGUCAUUCCGGCUUUGGGAAACAAGAUCGAGGAUCAUUCUAGGAAUCUGUGUCAUAACGAGGAUCCGAAUCACGUUGAAGAUUAUUCCAAGACGUGUACUGUGGAGCCAGUGCUCCAUGUUAAGGAGGCUGUGAUAAGUGAUGUGGCGUGUUUGGACGCGGCCCAAAGUCGGGAAAAAUCGUCUGAAGUUUUUUUCGCGCAUGAUAAUCGCGGUGGAACGGAAGCGAAGAAAAGGAAGAUCUGGCGAGGACGAGGUUUUGUUGAGGAAAAGACAAAGGAGAAUCAUAAGCCUCAAUCGGAUCCUUCAAAAUCCCGCUCGUACAGCACGAGUAUCUUACGAGAAUGCGCCGAACGGAGUUCGUUGGUUCCUCUGAACAGACACGAGGUGAAUCUUCGCGGGACAUACGACAUCCCAGCCGAACGCAAUAAGCCAUUGUUUCAAGGAACCUACACAAAGAGUUCUAACUCCAAGGCUUAUAAUGGCAGCGAAGUUGAAGAAACUGCAUCCCAAUAUCGUGAAAGAAAAGCAAGCUUGAAAAAGCGUAGAGAAGAUAUACUCGAAACGGAGCGAUCAAAUGAAUGUCCAAAGGUGAAGAAACGUUCCUUUGAAACAGAGGUACCCCAUGCAAACUCUAGUAAUGCCACAAGCCCCGGAGCGCAGACGACUUUGCUAAAAGUACUACUUCAAGGUAGCCACAUCACGUUAGAAAAUAUUUCUUCUGAGAGCAGUUUGCAGGAGUACGUUCAAGCUAUGAGAUUGCAUCUUGAGGAGAGUUUGGGUUGGGAAGUAUUCAAUGCGUUGCACAAGUAUUUACGUUUCGACGUGGAAAAGGAUCUGGUCUCUGGCAUAGAUCAUAUAUCUGAGAAAUUGUUUAAAGCUUUGGACGAAGAUAAAAUUGUGUUUUUACCUUUGAUGCUUCAAUACAUAACAUGCGAAAAAAGCUUGCUAGCGAAAUGA